AUGGAAAAGCUGACCUUCCUGCUGCUCUGCCUUCUGGAUGUUCUGGUGCAUCUGAGUAGCGCACAGCAUCGCCAUCCUCCGCGCCCCCGACGAGACCCGUGGAAGCACCGGUUCGAGUGGGUGAACAACGGCCGGGUGUUUAGCUUGCUGAGCACGGGGACCCAAUACCGAGCUCCUGUUCAAUCCAGAGGCAGAACCCAGCUCCUGUUGACCACCUUAAACCGAGCUCACAUCCCACCUCCAACGAGAAGAACAUCCAGAGCUCAGGUUGGUGCAGACACUGCUGAUCCUGGACAGAAUUUGGUUCAGAGAGACCAACCAUGGGCACCACGCAGGGCAGCGGCCUUCAAUAAUCAGGAGGUUUCGGGAGAUGGACAAAGCCCAACUUUGGAUGUCACAAGUGCGCCGACGCAACCACCUGCGGUUUUUACACGCAGACCCGAACCCUUGACAUCGACAUCCCGGUCCACAGUAGCCAGUAAGACAGAAACUCCAAAUAGUGUGCAAAGAGCUCAACCGGAAUCAACUGACGCACCAGUGAUCCUGUCCAGAAAUGUGGUGGAGGUUCACUAUACUCAACAGAGAACCGAUCCGAUUCGCACUACCAACUCAAGUGAGCUGCGACGCGAUCCACAUAGGAACUCCGUUUUCUAUAACGUAUACCCACCCGACCAAAGGAACAGGGUCCCUGCGCGACCAGUUCUACCAGGACCUGGCCAGAGUACUAGCUUCUUCCAUAAUGGUCUCCCUGACUUGAUUCCUGACCCCUACUACAUCCAAGCUGCAUCAUACAUCCAGAGAGUGCAAAUGUUUGCACUCCGCUGUGCCGCUGAAGAGAACUGCCUGUCUAGGUCCGCGUACGAUCCAAGUGUGAGUGAGCUGGAUUACAGAGUUCUUCUCAGAUUCCCCCAGCGUGUGAAGAACCAAGGAACGGUGGACUUCCUCCCGAAGAAGCCUAGGCAUGAGUGGGAAUGGCACAGCUGUCAUCGGCAUUACCACAGCAUGGAGGCUUUCAGUAACUACGACCUGCUGGAUCCCUCCAAUGGACACAAAGUGGCAGAGGGCCACAAGGCUAGUUUCUGUCUGGAGGACACGUCAUGUGAGCGUGGUGUACGGAGACGCUUUGCCUGCACUACUCAUACACAGGGGCUUAGUCCUGGUUGCUUUGACACCUAUCAUGCAAACAUCGACUGCCAGUGGAUCGACAUCACUGACGUGCCGCCGGGAAACUACACACUCCAGGUGACUGUAAAUCCUUAUAAACUCGUCGAGGAGUCGGAUUUCUCUAACAACGUGGCCAAGUGUGACAUCCGGUACACAGGAAGCUACGUGCAAGCAACAAAUUGCAGGAUCACGAAGUAA